AUGAAAUUAUUAUUAUUGCACACAAUAGUUUUCGUGAUAAUUUCAUUAUCAACUAUUAUUUCACUUGACACCAAGAAUGAAGAUGCAUGUGCGAGGAUCAGUGUUGGAAUUGGACCUUGUCCAAUUCCCAAUAAUGGACUAAUGGACUUUGGAGAUGUCCAGUCAACACUGGCGAGAGUAGCUAUUGAAUAUCAAAAAUCUAAUAAAAAUCCAGAAUUUAGCACAAAAUAUUCCGAUGUGAAAGCAUGCCUUGAAUCAUUUCCUUACGACGAGGAGGUGGCCAAAAGCAUAUCUAAAGAAUUUGCGGAUACAACGAUUUAUGUUUCAAAAGAUGCUGGAAUAAGAUUUAAUACAGCACUAGCAACAUUAAUAAACAAUGAGAGAGGUGAUAGAAAAUUCUCUGCAAGAAUAUUCACGUUUAGAGAUUACGAAUCACUUCCAGAGAAAUCAUCAAUAGAAUACUCUCCUGUAUGUGCAAAUGAUGCAAAAACUAAAUUUAUAAGAGAAUGGAAGAUUGGAGCACGUAAAAUGUUUGUGUCAAAAAUUUAUAAUAUAUUAAUGAGUGAUAUUGAAUUAGUUUAUGAAACAAUGAUAGCUACUUUUUAUGUAUUGAGUGAUAAGAAGACAGGGGUAGUGGCCAUUCCGACUUUUGAACCAGGAGUAACAAAACUCGUACUGGAGAAUGGAGGAGGAUUUACAACAUUAUUCUUUGUUUACUUAUUAUUUCCGGAUUCUAGUCCAUCAUUCAACAACAAUAUGGUGGUUAGCGAAUUGUCAAGAGCGGCCUUUGAAGCAGCAACAUCACAAUCAAAUGCUGUACAGGCAUUAAAUAAAUUAAAUAACCUAGAGCUGCCACCGGAGCUAGGUAAUAAGGAUUUAGUAAGAUGGAUUGCAAAUAUAGUGGCUCAAAUAAUCGUACCAAUUUCCUAUUUCAACAUUUUCAGUUACAAAGAUCCUAAUACAAAUAAACAUUUUCUCACCGUAGAAGAAUUUAUUGGUAAUAAUGCAUACGUAAGAGGAGGAACUCCUACAUCAUUUACAUCAAAAUUUGUAGAUAGAUAUACACAAGAAUUUGGUCUAUUUAUUAAAUUUUUAGCGGGAAACAUUAAAAAAUAUAAAUGGGAGACUGUUGGUGGUUUCAAAGAUACGCCGUUAUCCUUUGCUUCAUUUCCCGGUAGUCAGGUUCUUGACCUUGAUGAGUUAUACGUUGAAUUUGAUAAUAUUGGCUUAUUAAACAAUGAAACGUUAAAAGAUUUAAUUCCUACCUCAUUGAAUUUUCCUGCAAUUUCAGAUUUACAUUAA